AUGACGCAAAUUAGAAACAUAUUAUUAAUAGGUCGAACAGGAAACGGAAAAUCGACAUUAGCUAAUGUUUUAUGCGGGACUGAGAAGUUUAAAGAGAGUUCAUCAGGUGUAUCUAUAACUAAGGAAAUUCGCGCUGAGGAGUUUGAACUUGAAACUUUGCUAAGUGGAAAUGAGAAUUUGAAGUUUAAAUAUCGCAUAAUCGAUACUAUCGGAAUUGGUGAUACUUCGCUUUCUACUAAGGAGGUGUUAACUGAAAUAGCUAAAAUUUGUGAUUAUUUGAGUGGUGAACUGUAUCAAGUUUUUUUUAUUACUAGUGGUAGGUUUUCUGAAAAAGAAAUCGACGCAUAUAAAUUAUUUAAGGAUGUUAUUUUCGACGAACAAAUCGUUAAAUACACUACAAUUGUUCGCACAUCUUUUCCGGAAUUCGAAGAUGAAAAGGUAUGCGCGGCAGACAAGACUAAGUUGCUUAGUGAAAGUUCAAAAAUAGCCGAGUUGAUUAAUUCAUGUAAUGGUUUUAUUUACGUUGAUAAUCCACCAAUGAAAGCACAUUAUACUGGGAUAGCUAUAAAUGCGCGGGAAGCGUCGAGAAAAAAAUUAUUAACACAUUUGAUGAAUAAUUGUGGAAAUUACUUUCCACCUAGUUUAGCGGAGCUAAGGAAAAGAGUUGAUAGUUAUGAGUCUGAGAAAGAAAAACUUGAAGCGAAGUUUGAAUACUGGAAGAAAAAAUACGACAAGAAAUGCUUGAUAUUAUAA